GCCAUCUUGUCCGCCAUUUGCGAGCGGCUCGGAGCGGCAGGGGAGCGGGAGCAGAGCGCGGCCUGCCUAGCGGGUCCCUCCGCCGCCGCCGCCCCGCCAGCCGCCGCCGCCCUGGCCUGGGGGCCCGCCCCGCUGCGCCGGCCGGCAGCGCAGCGCUCAGCGGGCGGCAGGCACGGUCCCCGGGGCCCCGCUCGGCUCCGCGCCGUGGGCCUGCGGAGUCUCAGGCCCGGCGGCAGCCGCCGCCAUGGCCCUAAAGAUGGUCAAGGGCAGCAUCGACCGCAUGUUCGACAAGAACCUGCAGGACCUGGUGCGCGGCAUCCGCAACCACAAGGAGGACGAGGCAAAAUACAUCUCUCAGUGCAUUGAUGAAAUCAAGCAGGAGCUGAAGCAAGACAACAUCGCAGUGAAGGCGAAUGCGGUCUGCAAGUUGACCUACUUACAGAUGUUAGGAUAUGACAUCAGCUGGGCCGCCUUCAACAUCAUAGAAGUGAUGAGUGCCUCCAAGUUCACGUUCAAGCGGAUUGGCUACCUCGCCGCCUCCCAGUGCUUUCACGAGGGGACGGACGUCAUCAUGCUGACGACCAACCAGAUCCGCAAGGACCUAAGCAGCCCCAGCCAGUACGACACGGGUGUUGCGCUGACUGGCCUGUCCUGUUUUGUUACCCCAGAUCUUGCCAGAGACCUGGCCAACGACAUCAUGACACUGAUGUCACACACCAAGCCGUACAUCCGGAAAAAGGCUGUGCUGAUCAUGUACAAGGUGUUCCUGAAGUACCCUGAAUCGCUGCGCCCUGCUUUCCCCCGCCUGAAAGAGAAGCUGGAGGACCCUGAUCCUGGGGUCCAGUCAGCAGCAGUCAACGUCAUCUGCGAGCUGGCUAGACGCAACCCCAAGAACUACCUUUCCCUCGCCCCGCUGUUCUUCAAGCUGAUGACCUCCUCAACCAACAACUGGGUCCUCAUUAAAAUAAUCAAACUGUUUGGUGCUCUGACCCCCUUGGAACCAAGGUUGGGCAAGAAGCUGAUCGAGCCUCUCACCAACCUGAUCCACAGCACAUCCGCCAUGUCCCUCCUAUAUGAGUGUGUGAACACUGUCAUCGCAGUUCUCAUCUCCCUGUCCUCCGGCAUGCCCAACCACAGUGCCAGCAUCCAGCUCUGUGUUCAGAAGUUGAGGAUACUGAUAGAAGACUCCGAUCAAAACUUGAAGUACCUGGGCCUGCUGGCCAUGUCCAAGAUUCUGAGGACUCACCCCAAGUCCGUGCAGGCCCACAAGGACCUGGUCCUGCAGUGUCUGGACGACAAGGAUGAGUCCAUCCGGCUGCGGGCCCUUGACCUGCUGUACGGCAUGGUGUCCAAGAAGAACCUAAUGGAGAUUGUCAAGAAGCUGAUGACCCACGUGGACAAGGCCGAGGGCACCACCUACCGCGACGAGCUGCUCACGAAGAUCAUUGACAUCUGCAGCCAGUCUAACUACCAGCACAUCACCAACUUUGAGUGGUACAUCAGUGUGCUUGUGGAGCUGACCCGGCUAGAAGGCACGCGCCACGGCCACCUCAUCGCCGCCCAAAUGUUAGACGUGGCUAUCCGCGUGAAGGCCAUCCGCAAGUUCGCCGUGGCACAGAUGUCCGCGCUGCUCGACCGCGCCCACCUGGUGGCCAGCAGCACGCAACGCAACGGCAUCUGCGAGGUGCUCUACGCGGCCGCCUGGGUCUGCGGGGAGUUCUCCGAGCACCUGCAGGAGCCCCGGCAGACCCUGGAGGCCAUGCUGCGGCCCAAAGUCACCACCCUGCCAGGCCACAUCCAGGCCGUGUACGUGCAGAACGUGGUUAAGCUGUAUGCGUCCAUCCUACAGCAGAAGGAGCAGGCUGCAGAGGCGGAGGCGGCCCAGGAGGCCACCCAGCUCAUGGCGGAGCGGCUGCCCCAGUUUGUGCAGAGCGCAGACCUAGAGGUCCAGGAGCGGGCGUCCUGCGUCUUGCAGCUGGUCAGGCAUGUCCAGAAGCUUCAGGCCAAGGGCGUGCCAGUGGCGGCAGAAGUGAGCGGCCUCUUUGCUGGGGAGCUGAACCCUGUGGCUCCCAAGGCCCAGAAGAAGGUUCCUGUUCCAGAAGGCCUGGAUCUGGAUGCCUGGAUUAAUGAGCCGCCCUCAGACAGCGAGUCAGAGGGCGAGAAGCCCAAAGCCAUCUUCCCGGACGAGGAGCGCCGGCCUGCCCAGCAGCGGCAGCCUGAGGCGGACGAGGAAGAGCUGGCCCGGCGCCGAGAAGCUCGGAAGCAGGAGCAGGCUAACAACCCCUUCUACAUCAAGAGCUCCCCUUCCCCCCAGAAGCGGUACCAGGAUGCGCCAGGUGUGGAGCACAUCCCGGUGGUGCAGAUCGACCUCUCGGUGCCCCUGAAGGUGCCAGGGAUGCCCGCGUCGGACCAGUAUGUGAAGCUGGAGGAGGAGCGCAGGCAGAGGCAGAGGCUGGAGAAGGGCAAGGCGAGGCGGAGACACAGGGAGAAGGGCAAGCGGGGCCGUGCGCGGCUCCACGGCUCGCUGCACGAGAGUGACGAGGACAUCGCCCCCGCCCAGCGGGUGGACAUCGUCACGGAGGAGAUGCCCGAGAACGCUCUGCCCAGUGACGAGGACGAAAAGGACCCCAACGACCCCUACAGGGCCCUGGACAUUGACUUGGACAAGCCCUUAGCCGACAGCGAGCAGCUGCCCGUCCAGAAACACAGAGACGCCGAGACAUUGCAGUCCCCCGAGAAAGGGGACGUCCCUGUCUUAGAGAAGAGGAGCAGGAAACUCAAGAAGGAGAAGAAGCACAAGGAGAAGAGGCGGGAGAAGGAGAGGGGCGAGGGCCGGGCCCAGGGCCGGGACGCCCAGGGUGAGGACUUAGAUUUCUGGCUGUCCACCACGCCACUGCCUGCCCCGGCCACGGAAGAGCUCAAGGCGGCCACUGUCAUCACCGCCCCUGAGGAGGAGGGCAAGGAGCCCAGGAGAGAGGAGGAGGGCGAGGAGCAUGACCCCGAGAGGAAGCCUUCCAAGAAUAAGAAGCAGCACCACAAGAAGAAGGGGGAGAAGGAGGUGAGGGCCGAGGACAGGAAGAGGCCCAAGAGGAGGCGGCGCCCGAGCCCAGGGCCUGCGGCGCCCGUGGAGAACGGCGCGCUGGAUGAGGAGGAGCCUCUCCCGCCCAUGUCCAGCUACUGCCUCCUGGCUGAAAACUCCUACAUUAAAAUGAUGUAUGAUGUGCAGGGCAGCCUGCAGAAGGACAGCCAGGUCACUGUGUCCAUCGUCCUGGAAAACCAGAGCAGCAGCUUCCUCAAGAACAUGGAGCUCAGUGUGCUGGACUCGCUCAACACCAAGCUGGACCGGCCAGAGGGCUCCUCUGUCCACGAUGGUGUCCCUGUGCCUUUCCAGCUGCCCCCGGGCAUCUCCAACGAAGCCCAGUUUGUGUUCACCAUUCAGAGCAUUGUUAUGGCCCAGAAGCUCAAGGGGACCCUGUCCUUCAUUGCCAAGAACGAUGAAGGGUCGACCCACGAGAAGCUCGACUUCAAGCUGCACUUCAGCUGCACCUCAUACUUGAUCACGACGCCGUGCUACAGCGACGCCUUUGCCAAGUUGCUGGAGUCUGGGGACCUGAGCAUGAGCUCAAUCAAAGUUGAUGGCAUUCGUAUGUCCUUCCAGAACCUUCUGGCAAAGAUCUGUUUUCAUCACCAUUUUUCCGUUGUGGAGCGAGUGGACUCGUGUGCCUCCAUGUACAGCCGCUCCAUCCAGGGCCACCACAUCUGCCUCCUGGUGAAGAAGGGUGACAAGUCCGUGUCGGUCGAUGGGAAGUGCAGCGACUGCACGCUUCUGAACAACUUGUUGGAGGAGAUGAAAGGGACGCUGGCCCAGUGCUGAGUGCGUGGCCCCGCAGCAGAGGGGGGCACUGCGGCCCGGUGGAGUCCAGGCUCAGGUUCCCCUGGCCACGGGGACCGUCUGCCCAUCAGUAAUUCAGGUCCACUGCCCGCCACCCUUCUGGUGUCGAGGUCACAUUCCGCGCAGAUUCAUCCAUCAUCUCGUUCACUCUGCCCCGUCCUGCACUCCUUAGCGAGAAGCCCGUUCCAGCCCCCAGACCAGCAGGGGCUGCGUGAGGUGUGAGCAUGAGCACUCUGGGCCAGGACCUGGUGGGCCCAAGGUCGGGUGCUUGGGGCGGACUGGGGCAGGGUGGCGCAUCCUGCUUCUGUAAAGUCACCUGAGCCCCCACCAGUCCCCAAAACCCUGUCUGGCGACAUCUCACCCCUCACGGCCACAGGCCCAGGACACCUGGCAGGAGAGGGUAAUGCAGGCUGUGGUCUGUCAUGCUGUCUGCGUCCCCACCCCGUGCCGAGUGCAGGAGGACAAUGGCGGGGUGCCAGGCAGGGAGCCUCAGCUGAGGGUGGGGGUCCAGCCGGCCCCUGGUGGGUCAGGGACUGGACCUUACUGGGGUUUAUCUCUUCCUGUGGGGUGGGAUGGGUGUCAGGCGGCGUUUUUGGGGAGAGUGGGGGUGUGCUGUGAGUCUGGGUCCCUCCUGCCACUAAAUGCUCCCCAGGUGUGUGCUCGCAGCAGCCGGGCAGGCCCAGUCCUGACUCUGCGGCCCCCACAGGGAAGCACGUGCUGGUGCAGUGGGGCUCCUGCAGUGCACCUCACGGGCAGGGCAGGGGGACCCCAGCGGCCCUGUGAGAACUUUCUCAGAGAUGAUGGUCCUCAGUGACGUUUUAACUUUUCCUUUUGAUGAAAACUGUCACUUUAGCAUGUAGAGUAUCUAUUACGGAAUCCUGUGCAGUGAUUCUAGAAUCUCGAAACUGUAUGAUGUGUUCUAUGAGAAUUUAUUUGCUAUUGACAUUCCCAGGUAAAGGAGAGACAGACAUACCACGCUGCUGUGCUGAUUUUGUGUCAAGAUGAUCCAAUAAACUUGCAAAACAUA